CGUGGCCGAACGCUGCACGCGCGCGCCGCACGCCAGCCAAUGAGAGGUCGCGAUGCUCAGGGGCUCAAGUCCGCCAUGUUGUGGUUUUAAAUGAGGAAGAAGCGGGAGAGGGUUAGCGUGCAAAAGAAGUUCAUGUGCUUUUCUUCUCCCGCAUUCAAUGUUCUGGUUUAGUUUUGAAAAUAAAUAAAAUAAAUCUCAGCCAUUUAUGGUGAUACACUGAGGAGAGUUUGGCGGUAGUUGAAAUAAGCGAAGUCUAUUAGUUUGGCGAAUUAUCGCUAGUAUUAGCGUCGCGAGCUAACUAGCUAGUUAGGUUAGAGAGGUACUGCUUAGUUAGCGAGCUAGCCCGGCGCUUUUACUGGAAAUGGGGAUUGGGCUAGUCGGCUAACAAAGCUAGUUAGCGUUCGGUAAUUCUGGGCACUAGCAUGCAGCCGGGCGGGAGUGACGCGAAUGCCGGAGCUCGUUGACGUUCAGUGCGUUUUGGUGUAUUUCGUGCGGAGAGAUUUUGUUUGACUUCUUGCCUCUAACGAGAGUCCGUCGAAAUGUUCAACAAAUUCUGCGAAUGGAUUGAAAGCGGAAUCGCGACGCUGCGCAACGAAGUGCCGGCUGCCCAAGAUCCGUCCGACGGUGUCCGGUCUGACCGGAGGAAGAGACCGUUAGAGGGUUUGGAAGACGGGAUGCCGUUGACUAUGAAGCGGACCGAGCUGUCAAGAAGUUUAGAAUGGGAGAUUUUAUGGAUACUAUGAAGAAUGCUGCUGAAGGGAUGAAGACCCAUGGCUCCAGCGUUGCUUUGUGGAUGCGCGACAGCGUUAGUCCAACCUUGAGGAACAUGCUACCUGCUUCCCCUGGUCCACCUCGAACUCAAAUAGCAUCACCUGAUGCCGCCAAUUCAUCAGGAUCGGUGUGGAGAGAAAGCGAGUUGAUUGAAAGACGGGAUGAAACCCACAAGGAUAUCUUUGUUGCUCCUGCUACAUCUUUUGAAUGGAAGACCAUCGUGAAAUCAGACUCUUCAAGAACCGAAGAGUCAGUGAGUAUAUUGAAGGUCGGCAAACGACAUGCACACGCAAGCCUUCCACCCCACGAGACGCACAAAACCAACGGCCAUCCGGUUUCAACCUGCACUGCGAAACCCUGCUCGGUUCCGCGGCUCGGACGUCCUCUUUAUGUCAGAGCACAGAGAUCUCCGAGUCAAUUAUCCACUCCUGGUACAAGCAUGAGGAACACAUCGUACACCAGUAUGUAUGAGAAAACCUUUCCUAUUCGAGUGGUGCAGAAUCCUUCUCCCGGCUCCUCUAGCCAUCACUGGAGAGGCAGAACUCACUGCACAGCACAAGAGUCAGUACGCAAGGAGGAGAAGGAGGUAUACCGGCAGUUACUAGCCAUAGUGUCUGGUGGCCAGUCAUCAUUCUUCUCUGACAGCCUUUCUAACCCAGGGAUUCGUUCACAUCGCGAUUUUUCCAGUUUCCUGACCUCGAGUCGCAGGCUGCUGCAGUGUACCUCACCAGAAGGCUCAGGAACGGGGGAGUCUUUUCUCGGUUUGUCCAGUCUGUCUCCAAGUCCCCAGACCUCGAGCGCAAUGCACAGUCCUUGUGCACACACCAACGGGCCCGAAACACAGCCCUGGGAUCCUGAUUCAGAUGCCAAAUACGUCUCAAGGAAAAUGGGGUUAGUCGAGCACUCGGUGCCCUCACCGGCGGCUCUUCAAGACACUUCUUCUCAGGACACGCAGUCUUCUGGUGUGCAUUCAGCUCACGAUGGGGAUUCUGUCAUUUUUGUAAAGGAGCAACAUGGCAAAAGAACAGAAAGUUCAAGUGUGCCAUGCUUCCAAGCUGAACUCUGGAUCAAAGAACUGACUAGCCUUUAUGACGCUCGCGCUCGGGAGAGACGGAGGCUAAUAGACGAGCAAGAGGCUCUCACAUCUCAGCUUCUGUAUCAGCGUCUUUCCGGCGAGGGUAGAGCUGAUUUAAAAAGUGUGGAGUUGAGGGUGAGGGUCCCUCUGGAAAAGGAGGUUCCUCUGACGCCUGUUAUUGUGGAACCAGAGAACGAAGCAAAAGAACAGGAAUUCCCCGAGUUGACUGAGGCCAUGGAAAACGAAGUUAGCCAGGCACUAAGAGGAAUAAAUCAGGACGAGGUGCUCAGCGAGGGAUUCCGCCAAACGAUCACCAGGAAAGACCUUCAGACUCUCAGCAACCUCAACUGGCUCAAUGACGAGGUGAUAAACUUCUACAUGAACCUGCUGGUGGAGCGGAGCAAGUUGCCCCGCUUGCCCUCCGUCUACACGUUCAACACGUUUUUCUUUCCCAAGCUACGCAGCUCAGGCUACUCAACCGUACGCCGCUGGACCAAGAAGGUGGACAUUUUCUCUGUGGACAUUAUCUUGGUGCCUGUCCACUUAGGAGUGCACUGGUGUCUCUCUGUAGUGGAUUUCCGCAAAAAGACCAUCACGUACUUUGAUUCCAUGGGCGGGAGCAAUGACGAAGCUUGUCAGAUUUUGCUAAAAUAU